GUCGCCCUGGGCGCCGUGGCUCUCGAAGGGCCCCUCGUCGGCCUCAAGGCUUUCGCCUCGCUGCGCAAUAAGGUGCUGGACAUCAAUGCGCUCAUGUUUCUGGCAGUGGUGGGAGCGGUGGCGCUACAGGACUAUGUGGAGGGAGCAGCCGUGCUCGUGCUUUUCGGGUUUGCGCAGUGGCUCGAAGCCCGCAGCAGCAGAGCCGCGCGCGACGCCAUCUCCUCCGUUCUGGCUCUCAAGCCCGAGACGGCCAUUUUGGCGGACACAGGUGCGGAGGUGCCGGUGGAUGACGUGUUGGUGGGCGACUCGCUGCUGGUGAGGCCGGGAGACAAGGUGCCCCUGGACGGAUUAGUCACCCAGGGCACUUCCCGCCUUGACCACAGCAUGCUCACCGGCGAAUCAGCGCCAGUCAAGCGCGGCCUCGGCGAAGAGGUGUUUGGGGGUACGGUGAAUUGUGGUGACGGGGCGCUGACCGUGCAAGCGACUGCGGCGGCGGCCGACAGCACCGUGGCGCGCAUGGCUCGGCUGGUGGAAGAGGCAACGUCGCGUCAAUCCCCCAUGGAGACUUUUGUGGUCCGCUUUGCCAAAUGGUACACCCCCAUCGUGGUUGCCGCCUGCCUCUGCCUCGCGCUCAUUCCCCUGGCCGCGCGCGUCGACGACCCCAAGUGGUGGGUGUAUCUGGCGCUGCAGAUCCUCGUCACCGCGUGCCCCUGCGCGCUCGUAUUAUCCACCCCGGUCACCAUGGUAGCCGCGCUGGCAGCUGCUGCGAAGCAGGGCGUGCUCAUAAAGGGCGGCCAGGUGCUCGAAGCGCUGGCAGCCGCGAAAGUGGUCACCUUUGACAAGACCGGCACACUCACCGAGGGCCGCUGCAGGGUGGUGAUGACCAAGGCGCUGGGCGGCGCUGACGAGGCGCGCAUGCUGUCGCUGGCCGGCAGCGCUGAGCGGACGUCCAGUCACCCGGUCGCCGCCGCCAUUGUCGGCUGCGCCGCUGCGCGCGGCUCUGCCGUGGACCUGCCUGUAGCCGCCUGCACCUCGGUGCCAGGUAAUUUUUUAUGCUGGCCUGCCACAGGCCAGGGCAUCGUGGCGGAGGUCGACGGCGUUCCUGUCGCCAUCGGCAACGCACGCAUGCUGGCCGAGCAAAGCAUACACCACGACGGAGCCCUCGUGGCAGCCAUCGAAGCCGAUUGGAGUGCUCAGGGCGCUACGGUGAGCUGGGUGGCGGCUGACGGUCUGCUGGUGGGAGUGUUCGCCGUCGCAGACGCGCCGCGGCCGGAGGCCGCCGAAGCCGUCAGAGCGCUGCGCAGUGCUAAGCUCACGGUCGCGAUGCUGACCGGAGACAAUGCCGGCGCUGCGCGCUCGGUGGCGGCCGCGGCGGGGCUCGACCCGGUGUCUGUGCACUCAUCGCUGCUGCCAGAGGACAAGCUCCGCCAGGCGCUGCAGGUGGAGGCCUACCGCGCCAAGUUUGGCAAGGUGGUCCACGUGGGCGAUGGCAUCAACGAUGCGCCGGCGCUCGCGGCCGCUGAUGUCGGCGUCGCAAUGGGCGCAAACGGGGCUGCGAUAGCGGUGGAAGCAUCUGACGUGGCGCUGUUCACCAGUGAUCUGCGCUGCCUCGCGCCUGUUAUCUCCCUGGGCCGCCUGUCGCGCCGCAAGAUCAUCGAAAACAUCUCCCUCUCAGUCGUCACCAAGGUGGCGGUCCUUGUCCUGGCGGCUCUGGGAAAGUUCUCCCUCUGGGCGGCGGUGGCGGUCGACGUGGGCACGGCCCUCUUAGUCAUCGCCAACGGGAUGACGCUGCUGCGC